CUUUUCUUAACUUUGUCUUUCGAGUUUGGACUUAAAAAAAAAAAAAAAACACUACAAUUCACAAAAUCAAAUGAUUGCGAUGGCUAAUUGGUGUGGCCUACAACCAUAAAAUGCGUUGCUCCAUGCUUACAUCCUUAAAUCAUCGUUGAUGCAACACCUCAAUACCUUGCCAGCUAGCAGUAGCAACUGUAUGUAUGCUCAAAAAUCACAGUUUAAGGUUUUAAAACAAAACCUUUCACCUAACUAUCAUUGUCUCCCACUCCAAGAUUUGUUCUAUAAAAGAUAUCUCCACCAUAUCAUCAAUGCAUCAAAUGCUCAUUCCCAAUACAAAUCCUAUUAUUUGCAACCCUUUCCAAUAUCAUCUAAACCUUCAUUUAACUAAACCAAAAUGUUGAAGAAGCAAUCACUCUUAUCCUUCUCACUAGCAUUGCUAGUUUCAUUUUUGUAUUGCACCACCACUUUAGCCCAACUAUCACCAGCUUCUGCUCCUAUAAAACCACCCCAACCUAGCCCUACCCCACCAACUGAGGCUCCUAAACAACCAUUGGUUCCCUCAUUGCCACAAUCACCAAGUGAUUCCACCCCUGACACUGUAGCAUCAAUUGACAUUGUUGGAAUCCUGAGGAAGGCUAAGUCAUUCAACAUCCUAAUUCGCCUCAUGAAAACCACCCAAUUGAUCAACCAACUCAAUGCACAGCUCCUCACUACUAAAUCUGGCGGCAUUACCAUUCUUGCACCUGAUGACAGCGCCUUCUCAGAACUCAAAGCAGGAUUCCUCAACUCUCUUUCUGAUGGACAAAAACUCGAGCUCCUACAGUUCCAUGUUAUUUCAGAGUAUGUAUCUAGCUCCAACUUUGAUACUCUUACAAACCCUGUGAGAACACUUGCAGGGGCUAAGCCUGGAAAGGUGGAAUUGAAUGUGAUAAGCUAUGGUGGAAGUGUGAACAUAUCAACGGGUGAGGUAAACACCACCAUCACUGGAAUUAUAUAUACAGAUAAGCAUCUUGCUAUUUACAAGGUGGGGAAAGUGCUUCUUCCAAUGGACUUCUUUGCUGUGGCCAAGGCACCUGCAAAGGGACCCUCUUUGGCUCCAGAACCAUCUGCAAAGGCUCCUAAAGCGGAUAAGGAGACGUCACUGUCCCCAGAUUCCUCAGAAUCAUCUCAGAUUAAUUCCACAACAGAGAACUCUGGCACCGUGAAAAUCAAUGUGCAUGGAAAGUGGGUGUCCCUUGUUUUCGGACUAGUUCUCCUGAUUGCAUUGUCAUCGUAAACCAAAAUAUGUUUUGAAUCAAAAGUUUUUGUGAAUUUACCAACGUUUAAGCUAGUAGUUAAGUCACCAUUUUGUUCAAGAGUAUGAUGUGUUCUGUGAUUGCGCGAAAGGGGUGAAUACUAAAGUGGUGAAUUUAUCGUAGUGGGUUAGGGGAUCUGUGAUUUGACAGAUUGUUCUAUCCCUCCAUAAAUUUAAGUGUAAUGUUUAUGAUCUAUGGUUUCUUCAAUAAUUUUUGCAAGCCUUGUUAUAUCUUCUGAAGAAAAAAUUACUAGAAACUAUGUCCCAAUUUUACUAGUUUUUAAGCAUUAUGGAGGUCAUACCGAAAGGACAAAACUUAGGAACCUACCAUAGAUACCGAUAGUGAUGUUCUCUAAUUAGAGUUGGCGUAUACGUAAUGUACAUUAAUCAGAUGUGCAUUAAACGUAGAUACAUAUCAUCGAGACAGUGAUUAUGAAUUUGGCCAUAUCAUCUGAAUACACAACCAGUAUACGGAGCCACCUUGCGCAUUUCAAGUUAGAUUUUCAUAGAUCCAUUCAUCCAAUUGAUGUAAGAUGAUAACCCAUGAAUUUUGAAGUGAAAGCAACACAGUUACAUAUGUUCACAUCUCACCACCAAUCAUGUGAUUGAUGCACAAACUUUGCAUGAUAGCCUCACUUGUAACAGUAACCUUGUUCUUCACUGCAUUAGGCCAACACUCACCAGCAGCAUCACCCUCAAUACCAGAAACACACCCAAAAGGCUGCAACUGAACGUCACUACUUACGGUGGUUCCCAUUUGAGCAUGACCACCGGUGCCGUGAAUGACAAGAAAGUUGGCAUUUAUGAAGUGGAUAAAGUGCUUCUGCCAUUUGACGUGCUUCUUUCCUAAGCCGAAUAUGAAGAAUGUAAAUGUAAUGUGGUUGCGUUUUGUUGUUUGGUUGGUUUUCAUAUAGUUGGAGCCUUGGAGGCAUGCAUUGCAUCAUAUCAGAUUAACUUCAUCACAAUAAUUUUCUUUUGUUGGAUUCAAAUCUAUCUGUUGUGUUAGCUUCUGUCUAUAAUAUAUCAACCAAUUUCCGAGUCUCAAA